AUGGUAUGUGGUGAUUUUAAUCAACCAGGUGUCAAAUGGAUUAAAGCCGAUGAUGGUGAUUAUUAUUUGCCAAUCAAUGUGUCGACAGAAGGUGGCAUUGCUGUUUUUGACACAAUGUUCGACUGUGAAUUUUACCAACUGUCAAAUAUCGAAAAUCCAGCCGGAAAUGUUUUGGAUCUUGUAUUCACAAACAUGUUUUAUGAAAUGUCGUUGAUUGAAUCAACAAGACCAUUGAUAAAAUCCGACAUUUGGCACAAAGCAAUUGAAAUUGAAGUGACGAUUGAUGGAAAAGAGCCCGCAUCACAACACUUAUCGGAAAUUUAUACAUAUAACUCGGCCGAUUUCGAUGCGAUCAAUGCAUUUUUCACUGCAAAUGACAUUUUGUCAGGAAUUAAUCGUAUAGAUGACAUCGAAAAUGCAUUCCAAAUUUUCAACAAUGUUCUACACGAGGCAAUCGAUACUUUUGUUCCGAAAAUCACCGUGCAAAAAAAUACUGAUCCACCGUGGUAUACGAAACAUUUGAAGCACUUGAAAAAUGUCAGAAGAAAGACAUACAAACGGGCAAGGGAAACUGGCAACUUUGACGAAUACAAUACCAUCACUGAUUCGUUCAUGCAAUUGCAAGGCCAGCUUUUCAAGUCGUAUAUCAGUCGUAUACAAUCGCAAAUCAGAUCAAAUCCAAAGCAUUUUUGGCGAUUUGUGAAUGACAGGAGGAAAAGAAGCGAUAUUCCGGUUAUUGUUGAGUACAACAAUGAAAUUGCGAACACUGACACAUCGAAAGCCGAACUAUUUGCUGAUUAUUUCCAAAAUCAAUAUACACAGAGCGAAUAUAUCAACUUGGAUCAAUUGCUGGAUGAAUGCGGAGACGUAUCAUUUGACAUUGACAUAAAUGAAGUCGAUGUGUUGAAAGCCUUGCACAUACAUUGUCAAAGCCAUUAA